CCCCAUCAUCGAGACCACAUGUCCAUUGCUGAAUGCUUCGACAUUCUCACCACCGUGGGGAACUAUUCUAAUGCUCGGAUGACAAUGCCAAACCUUCAGCUGGAGUUCAAGUACAAUUCCGGCUGUAUGAUUGCGUUUUCCGGAAGGAUUGUGAGACAUGGAGUUUAUGAUGUGGAAGGGGAUCGGAUUGCUUGGGCAUGGUAUAUGAGGGAUGCUGUUCACAUUUACGCUGGUGUUCCAUCAUGUGGAUGG